UCCCUUACUUCUCCAUUCCUCCUCCUCCUCCCCCUCCCCCUGGCGCCCCGUUGGCCUUACCACCAGCCAACGUCCCAAGAGCCUGAGCGAUGGCAUCCGUCUCAUCUCCCACUCCCAAGCUGGAUCGCUAUAUUGUCAUCCAUGUUGCAACCACCUGCGAUGAACAUGGCGUCUAUGUCACCAAGGACUCUGCGGAGGUGAUCGAGUUGGGGUGGAUCUUGUUGGAUACCAAGACCUGCGAUGAGCUGCACCGGGAGAGUGUGCUAGUUAAGCCCGUCAACACCCCAAUCACGCCGCUCUGCACGAGCUUGACGACUUUGACUUGGGAGCAUGUUCGCUCAGCAGGUACCUUCCGCGACGCUAUCAACCGGUUCGAUGCCUUCGCCCAGGAACAUCUCGUCAGCAAAAACGUCGAGUUUGCCUUUGUGACAUUGGAUUCGUGGGACCUUCGCGUGCAGCUACCACGAGAGGCCCGGGAUAAGGCUGUUGUUCUCCCUCCAUAUCUUCAACAUUCGCGCACAUUUGACCUCCGCACCGAAUACCAGAGAUGGCAGACCCACCACCCUGAAUCUCUUCCCUUCGGACCUAGCUCCCUCUCUAACAUCUGUGCCGCUCUCGAGGUUGAGCCUGUUCAGUCGUCGGCUCCCAUCAAACAUAACCUUCCCUUCCAUUUGCAGGCUUUGGCUCCCGCUUCCCCUCGUCGGGCGAUGGAUGAAUCUGUAACCCUCGCCCGAGUCCUGCGCGGUUUGAUCCGCAAGUCUCAGCCCGCCCAUGAACAUCCUGAGAUUUUGACCCGGCCCAUGGAUGCUAGAGCUGAUGUUCGUGCGUUCCUCGCAGAACGUAGCAAGGUGCUCCAUCUGAGUGGUCUUCCUCACGACACUACGCAGUCCGAACUAGAGAGCUGGUUCACUCAAUUCGGGGGUCGUCCGAUUGCCUUUUGGACCCUUCGCACCCCGGACCAGCAUAAGCCCACCGGUACUGGUUUUGCGGUGUUUUCCUCCCACGAAGAGGCCGCGGAAAGCCUUUGCAUGAAUGGCCGUGCCCUCAACGAAAAAGCGAUCGAAGUCUCUCCUUCCUCCAGCCGUGUUCUUGAUCGCGCAGCGGAAAUCCUAACGCCAUUCCCCCCAUCUAAGAACCGCCCUCGACCUGGCGAUUGGACCUGUCCCUCAUGUGGGUUCUCCAACUUCCAGCGUCGUACAGCCUGUUUCCGUUGCUCCUUCCCCGCUAUGGCUGCUGCCCCUGAUCCGAUGGGAUACGGGGCUUAUGGUUACGGCCCACCAUCGAUGAUGCCGCCUCACAUGGGUCACGGCCAUGGAAUGGGCCAUUCUCGCGGCAUGGGUGGCAACGGAGGCGUGGUUCCUUUCCGGGCUGGUGACUGGAAGUGUGGCUCCGAGGGAUGUGGCUAUCACAACUUCGCCAAGAAUAUCAACUGCUUGCGCUGCGGUGCUCCUCGAUCUGGAGCAGCUGUCGUUGCAGAUUCCGCCUUUCCUUCCCCCAUGGAUCCCCCCUCUGGCUUCAGCAUGGGUCACAGUUCGAUGAGCAGCACCCCAGCCCCAGGGGCCUUUAGCUCCACCGGAGGCGGAUUCAGCGGAUUCAACCAGCAGUUUGGAGCCCCUCCCAGUAACUACGGAUUGCCGUCCAGCCUGGGAAAUACCCCAGGAGCGUACCCUCCCAUGGGACAAAUGAAUGCCGGCUACAGCUCUACCAAUGCUUCUCACUCCGCAGCCUCAUUUGCGAACCCCGCUACCCAGGCAGCGUUCAGUGGAGCGGACCACGCUUCCUCGACCAGUGCUGCAAACGGUGCAUUCUAUGGUAAUGAAGGCUCUAACGAUCCGUUUGCCUUCCUUUCAACGGGCUUGGGCGGACUGACCGUGUCGGAUGAUACUCAUCCGCGUCGCAAUGGUGCUGGUGCUAGCAAGUCCCCUGCAUAAAGCAAUGCUCUGAGCUUGACCUACUACUGGUGCCUCUGGAUUUAUUGUUUAAUUUUCCCGGUAUUCCUACAUAUUAUUGUGAAUAUGGAGAUCCGAAUAUGUUGGUACAUGUUUGCUGAUGGGUGUUUGUAUAAGGGAUUCUGCUGUUCUG